AUGUAUUAAGCUUACUUUCUUGGACAUAUGAAUGCAUUAAAAGCAAUUAAGGGAAGGAAGAAUCAAAAUAUAUAAGAAUCAAAGGUUCUAGUCAAAUUAUGUAAUCAUUUGAGUUUAUUGAAGCUUAAUCGAUGAAACUGUAUAAACAAAGAGUCAAUCACUUUGAGCAGUUACAAUAUAAAUAAUAACUGGCAAUUUCAAACUAAAAAAUUAAACAAACAAUUGAGAGAAUUCAUUAGAGCAGUCCUUCAAUUGAUAAGACUAGUGUCUCUUUGCCUAGAUUAAAGAAAAGAAAUCAAGAAGAGGAAGAUAUCAAAAAAGAGAAUGCCAGAAUUAAAUUAAAACUCGAAACUAUGAAGGGAAACAUCAGUAAUAGAUAGUCCAAAUACGAGAAACCAAAGCGAUAUGAAGAAGUGUUAUAAGAAUAUUUUAAAUAAAAAUUAUAACAAUAAUGA